AUGUUGAAACGAACCAAGACCGCUAGCAACAAGAGACACUCCGUCUUCGUCGAUGUGAGACACUCGAAAUCAACGCAGUCGCCAUCGGAUACCGAUAGCAGCAAGUUCGACAUUUAUCAGACAAAGAACAGGUCACUCGAGGCAUUAGCUGAGAUUGACACGACAAACUGUGCAAAGAAGGCCCAUAGUCGAAGCAAAUUGAAACGAAGCAGCGUUUUGCUCGAUAACACCAUGGUGAGAGACUACAAUUUAGCCAUCAGACAUUUUGAAAAGCUUGACACUCGCCCCAUACAAUCCAGCAGUUCUGACAGUAGCAUUUCGUCAAGCUCCAGCACGACAUCAUCGCUCUUCUCCACAGACAGUACCACAUCGAUCCGUGACCUGCUGUACGAAGGCCUCGACGAUACGUGUGACGAGGACUGUGAGAUCGUUGACAAGACUCACCUGCGGACCAAGAUGCUGGGGGAUGACAAAGGCCGUCUGCGAGUCGACGACGACGGAAGCACGGGAUAUGGGAGACCGCAUAGGAGAACCAGUUUGCACUUUGAAUAA